UCCCGCAGAAGCGAUGGCGGCGGCGCUGGCGCGGUUGUGCCUGCGGGGGAAGCCCUUCGGCCGACCGGGCUCGGUGCCCUUCAGCAGCGGACCCCCGCAAGCGCCCGGAGGGCUGCAAGAGGCGGAGGCGAGGCUCACCCGCGCCUGGCAAGAGGGUGGCAUCCGGAACAUCGUCCUGAGCAACCCGCUACGAAGAAACGCCCUCUCACUCGCCAUGCUGAAGUCUCUCCACAAGGACCUUCUGCGUGAAAUCGACAGCACGGAUCUGCGAGUCAUUAUAAUUUCAGGCGAAGGACCCGUUUUCUCCUCAGGGCACGACUUAAAGGAACUGUCUCACGAGACAGGCGGAAAAUAUCACCAGGAAGUCUUCGAGACUUGCGCCGAAGUCAUGACUUUGCUUCCAAAGCUGCCGGUACCCAUCAUUGCCAAGGUCAACGGUCUUGCCACCGCAGCCGGCUGCCAGCUGGUAGCGAGCUGUGAUAUUGCCGUGGCGAGCGAAGAAUCCAAGUUUGCCACCCCCGGAGUGAACGUUGGACUGUUCUGCUCUACACCGGCUGUGCCGUUGGGGAGAGCGGUCCCGAGGAAGGUAGCUCUGGAGAUGCUGUUCACAGGGGAGCCCAUAACAGCUCAGGAAGCCCUUCUCCACGGCCUGGUCAGCAGGGUGGUCCUGGCGGAGAAGUUGGAAGACGAGACGCUGAGAAUCGCCCGCAGAAUCUGCGAGAACAGCAGGUCUGUUUUGGCCCUGGGGAAAGCCACCUUUUACAAGCAGAUGGCUCAAGACGUCGAGACGGCCUACAGGACGGCGUCUGGGGUCAUGGUGGACAAUCUUGCCUUAGAGGACGGACAAGAAGGGAUCGAGGCCUUCCUCCGUAAACGCAAACCUGUCUGGUCCCAGUUGGGACGCAAAGGGUCCUCAUGAGCUUCUGAGGGGGGUGCGAAUCACACUUGAAAACCAUAUCCAACAAUAAAUAAGGUCUAGGGGGAGACCUGCAUUAGUGCCUUCUCUCUAGGAAAAUCAUAGGACUCUGUCUCAUAUUAUCCCUUGUUCAGUCAAAGGCAUCUUCAGUUUUGCUUGCUGCUAUUUUGGCACUUAAACACCUUGAAUCAAUAAGGAGUCAGAGUGUAGUUUCACUUGGAAAAGCUUUUCGGUAGCCUUGGCAAAAAAUUCAGGAAUGGCCUGAACCCCUUGUGGAAGGUAUUUUGAAGGUGUGAGUUUUUAACCGAUCAAGCAAAAUAACCACAGCUGAGACGGACUUAAUUGGUAAAUGAAACGUGUGUGUGUUUGAAGAGGAAGAAAAGUUUGGAUUUAUAUCCCCCCCUUUCUCUCCUGUAAGGAGACCCAAAGGGACUUACAAUCUC